GCUCGGCGGGCACAAUUGCAGCUUCCCGCAGACGCACUCGGCCCGGGUACUUCCCGAGUGCGAGCGGAACGGCCGUUCGAAAAUCCGCCUUGCCAGCCGCGCUCGCCGCCGUCGCCACCGCUGCCGCCGUCGUCGACGACGGCGACGUCGCGCGUCAGGGAAACGCGCACGCUCUGCUAUCGACCAGAGGACGGAGCGGCCUGGCUCUCCGCUUCCUCGUCUCUCGUCUCUCCGUUCAUCCAGUCCUCGGCUGGCCACGGUGGCCGCGCGCACUUGGCUGGAACCCCCAGUUCGCCGGGUCGCGGCAACGCCUCGCGCGUUUCCACCUGCCGCCUCUCCAGUGCAAGCAACCCCCGGCCGAGAGAGAAAGAGAGAGGGAGAAAGAGAGAGAGAGAGAGAGAGAGACCGGUCAUCGAACGUGCCUGCGAGCGGGUGGCUGACCGGCGCGCCGAUGACGGAGAGCCCGACGUCGCCGGGCGCGAGGAUGAGGCCGAGGGUGAGGUCGAGGCUCUCGGCUAGCCGGCUCGGCAGCCGGACGCCGAUCCGCCGAUCUCGCUAGCCGGCUGGCUGGCCCGCUCGGUGCUCGCGGCCGAGGCUCAACGUCGAGCACCCCGUGGCGUGGCCGCGGAUAAACGCGAGGGUGAGAAGAGCGGGACGGAGAGAGUUCUCGUCGCCGGAGAGGAGCGACGGCUACCUCGCGCGCACGUUGACGGGUAAUCGGGAUAACGAUAACCCCUCACUAUGAGGGGCUCCUUGGGGCUGUUGUGUACGUGUUACCAUUGGAGAGCCGCACACGGUGCUCGGGUCUGCGAGUAAGCGGGAUGCAAGCUGCGCACCCGCCGAAGACGACGUACGCCCGCCGGCAGGAGCGACGCGCGAUCCAGCGGACGUAAUGAGAGAGAUGAUCUGAAGCACCCGGUCGUUUUUAUCGCAUCCGGCGACGAGGAGCGUGCGUGCGAUGAAAAUGUGACACGCGUCAUGACAGGACAGGAUGAUUCACGGUCUAACGAUCGAAGAUACGAGGACACGGGGAGCAGUUCGAUCGAAUAGAAACUACCGCCAGCCAAUCGAGACUUCCUAGACCGCAAGGAUCAUCGGCGCUUCUCACGGCGAGAAGAGCAGCCUAAAGUCGUCGCGCGGUCGCCGCGCUAUCGCGUGACGACGCACGUGUCGAAUCGUCAGAUAGAAGCAGAAUGUAACGAUUAAACCGAAACGCCCCUCACGCAUCGCCGCUGACGUUCAUUGAUCGAAAUAUCGUUAUACACACAUACGUACAUAUAUAUAUAUAUAUAAAUAUACAUAUAUACGCGCUAUCGAAACGGCUACGGCGCUCCGCAGUCAACGAUCCAGAAGUCUUCCAGGUCCGCGCGACGAUCGCGGCCGAGCCGCAGGCAAGCCCGCAGGAGAGGAGAGCCGCGCGGUUAUCGCCCGCGAGAAACCGUGAAACUUAUCGUCCUCGGCGUCACCACAAAAUUCACGGACCAGGCGAGAAACAUAUCACACGGCCCCGCUGAGGUCAUGAAAUUAGAUAGUUUCUCGAAACUAGACGUCUAGGUAGAUAAUCACGAGGCAGCAGAUCGGGGGAGAACCGCGCUCCUGCUGCGACACGAGUCGCACGUCGUCAACGGGCUAACUUCCUGCAAACCACCUUGGCCGCAGGAUCGCGAAAUUAGAAGCGAGCAGAAAGGCGAAAGAGAGAGAAGUCGGCUCGCACGACGACGGAGGACGAGACGAGAAUGAAGCACGGAAGGACCAAGACUGCUCAACCGGCCGGUUACCUCGCAGCGUGCCGUCGCUCCUCCUGAGGGAACUCCACGAAGAUCAUAACGAUGUCGCGCGAGAAUGUAACAUGAAGAUACAAUCAGAGUAAACGCUGAUGCGUACAUCUCGUCGAGAUGAGAUAUGAGAGAGAUCAAUAAAUCGAGCCUACUCGUAGAUUGGUCGUUGUGGAUAUAUGCGAUAUUGGGAUCUGAUAAUACAUUAUCAUGAUAACGUGCUACGUAAUGCGCCGGAGAUAAUGUAUAUCUUGGUGGUUCAGUUUAAUUUGACACGUACGAAAGUGUUCGACGCAACCAACCGCUCUGUUAUGCGUGAAGAUCACUCUCACGAGGAGGCGGUGUUUCGCGGCGGCAAAAAGGCCCUUCUGAACGAUGAGCGUGGAUUUGCCGCGACGUUGAACAGGAUACAAAAAGGAGGCCUACGACUACAAAGAUGGCUAAUCGCGCUGUUGGUUUUUCUGCUAAUGUCACUCGUCGUUAUCAACAGCUACAACACCGGCCAAUUUCGUAUCGUCCGAUUCGGAGCGAUGGCUCAAAGCAAAGAAAGCUCUCAAGAGCACUACGUGCAGCUGAAGCCCAUCUAUCCGUCGCUGAUCGGCAACGGUGGGUUCUUGGUGCACAACAAGGGCUGCCGGAUACCCGCGAUGGAUCCUUUCGAUCCUGCUAUCAAGCGUUUCAUCACCAAAGAGAAGCCGCUCGUAUGCGAGUACGGCAAUUCUCCGCCGCUGAUCGACUCGAAUAACACCGCGUUGUUCGUCAACCCGUUAGCGUGGGAGGAGUUCCACAACAAGUCAGAGGAUAUAAGCUGCUGCUGGCGAUCGUUUUGGCGCACGAAGGAUCAAGAUAACGCCAUCACGUACGACAAGGAGUGCCACCCUUUCCAAGGCUCCUGCACCGUGAACGCCGAGUUCGUGAAGGUCGAGUGUUACCGCGAUAAGAACAUGAUAUACAAAGACUACUUCGCCUUCCUGCCGCGCAAGUCCUGGGUGGAGGAGAGGUGCAAGCAGGUGCUGGGUAUGGGCAUAGGCACGGCCAGCGAUCGCCUGAGCAUCCUCGUGAUCGGCCUCGACUCGAUCUCGCGGCUCAACUUCCACCGCAUGAUGCCGAUGACGGUAAAGGCGCUUCAUUCGCUCGGCGCCGUGGAGAUGCUGGGCUACACGAAGGUCGCGGAUAACACGUACCCGAACCUCGUGCCGGUGCUGUCCGGCCUGAACGAGGAAGAGCUGCACAACAUGUGCUGGCAGAAGCCCGAGAAAACGUUCGACGACUGCCCGCUCCUGUGGAAGAAGUACAGCGCGGCCGGCUACCGCACGGUCUUCGGCGAGGACGCCUGCAGCAUGACGACGUUCAAUUACCUGAAGCCGGGAUUCCGCGAGCCGCCGACUGACUACUACCUGCGGCCGUAUUGCAUCGGCGCCGAGCACGACAUUGGCAACACCCACAAGCUGAAUGCCAAUCUCUGCAUCGGCACCAGGAAGACCUUCGACUGCUUGCUGCAUUACGCUCGCAAGGCCGCCAUUGAAUUUGCCACGGAGCCAUACUUCUCCUUCAUCUGGCAGUCCAGCCUCACCCACGACUUCUUCACGUAUCCCCAGCUGGGCGACAGUUCGUACCACGACUUCGUCGAGUACUUGUCGCACCAGGGUCUGCUGAAUCGCACGGUCCUCGUGGUGAUGAGCGACCAUGGGAUGCGCUGGGGCGAGUUCCGCCAGACAUAUCAGGGUAAGACCGAGGACCGGCUGCCUUUCGUCUUCAUCGUGCUGCCCAAGUGGUGGCGCGAAAAGUACCCGUUGGCCUGGGGCAAUCUGCGGCGGAACAGCCGUAGCCUCACCACGCCUUUCGACCUCCACGAGACGUUGACGGACUUGGUGAAUCCGCAUGUAUUACACGAGACCUUCCUGAAGAGACGCAUCAAGAUCCAAGCCGCGGCGCCAGUCCCGCGCGGCAUCAGCUGGUUCUUGCCGGUGCCGGAACAUCGCACCUGCGACAUGGCGCAGAUCUCGAAUCACUGGUGCAUGUGCCACUCCAGUAGCAACAUUUCCUUGAACGACACCGGCCUUCAGGAAAGCGUGUCGUUCCUCGUCAACGAGCUCAACGACAUGCUCAGCAAGUAUCCGCCGUGCGCGAUCUUGAAUCUCAAGGACAUCAAGGACGCGAAGCUGUGGCUCGACAAGUCGGAUGGCACGACGCUGAUGGACUAUACCGUGACCAUACAGACCACCCCGGGCGACGCGAUCUUCGAGGGCACGGUGCGCUACAGGACGGAGGACAAUAGUCGCAAACUAGUCGGCUCGGUCAGCAGGCUGAACGCUUACGGCAAACAGAGUGCCUGCGUCGACGAGUUCAACAUGCGCCUGUAUUGUUACUGCCUUUAGGCACGACAUAUCUCACCAGUGUGAUUAGACUGAUCACCUUUUGUAUAUGAUAAUUUAAGUACAUAUCCUCAACGAGGGAGAGAGAGAGAAAGAAGGGAGGGUGGGAGAGAGAAUCCACAAAAACAGAGAUUUGAAGAAUGAGAGAGGGCGAGGGAGGGCCAUUGCAGCGUGAAAUUAUUUGAUAAAUCACCUGUGAUUUUCGCGAAGACACUUCAAGGCGGUUCUUCCACGCGCUGACGACGUCUCCACGACGUUUGCGCUGCAAUACAUCGGGAAUUUUAUACUUCGUGUCCCGAAGUAUUGUCUGUGAGCUUUCAUUGUAUCGCGAACGUUCUGCACUUACACGCAUAUACUCAUAUCUUUCCAUCGCAUCACGGUUCGUCGGUUGAUUUUAAUCGCGCGAUAAUAGAAAUCUCGGUGAGAACAUUGCGUAUGUCCGCAGUGCGUGAAAACACUUCUCGCGUAUUUCGUUCGAGUAUAAUUUAUAUCGAGAUGAUGACUGAUACACUUAACGUGCAGGCUGCUAUAUACAUCGAUUCUUAAGAGAAUUGUCGGUGAAUUUUCAAUAUCUGUAUAAAUAAACCAAUGUGUAACGGUAUAUUACGGCGAUUGAUCCAGUGACCAAGCUCUGAGUAUACAAAUAAAAAAGAUAUUUUA